AUGGGUGAUAAAAAUGAUAAGGAAGAUAAUUUGUCAUUACCAAAGGCAACAGUAUCAAAAUUAAUUAAAGAGAUGUUACCACAAGAUGUAAAAUGUUCAAACGAGACAAGAGAUCUCAUAUUAGAAUGUUGUGUAGAAUUCAUACAUUUAAUAUCUAGUGAAGCAAAUGAUAUUUGUGGUAGAGAACAAAAAAGAACUAUUGCCGCUGAGCAUGUAAUUAAAGCAUUGACCGAAUUAGGAUUUUCAGAUUAUACACAAAAAGUAUCAGAUGUAUAUGAUAAACACAAAUUAGAAGUUAGUACAAAAUCAAAGAGUAGUAAAAAAUUCGAAAAUUUAGGUAAACCAACAGAACAACUCAUUAGAGAACAACAAUUAUUAUUUGCAAAAGCAAGAUCUGCCUUUCAAGCUUCUCCAGAAGCACAACAAUUACAACAAUUGCAACAACAACAACAGCAACAACAGGGUGGCUUACAAGCACCCUCUGUUCAACAACAAACUGAUAUAAACACUACAACCACUUCUACAAUUCAAAAAUAA